GCUGCAAGUCACGCCUCGUAAGUCCCUGCGUACCAACUCGCUGAAAAUUUUUUGAAAUCGCAAGGCUAUCGAGGGUCGAAGGAGAGCCAUUGGUGCAUGGUCCAAUCUCAUAGCCCAAUCCAGCUGGAUCGCAGUCCAAAACCUGAUUCAGAGAUGCAGCUUGGACCAUCGUCAUCCUCCUCGUCGGUAUCUCAGCAUCAGCAUUAACUAGCUUACUCCCAACUGAACAAGAAGAACAAGAAGAUUCACUCACCACGAAUGAGGACGAAGGGAAUGAGGACUACAAGACUUUUUUUUUUUUUUUGUCCCCAGCGUGGGCAAGGUAAGAGCUCGAGUUCCCCUGAUCACGGAUCUCAGACGGGAGAGGCGAGCAAGCAAUUCUCCUCCUCGUCUCCAAUUCAAAAUUUAUAGUAUGUGCGUGCUCACCAAGUCUACCGCCUUCCAAGGAUGAGGUAGCCGGUUGGGAGUCUUGAGGGCCAACUAUCAAAGAGCUUGGACCAUGUUGAAAUAGGGGACCACGAGGAAGCCACUCGGCUUCCCAAUCAACAUGGGGCGACACAUCCAAGAUGGAGGUUUAUCAAAGGUUGCAUUCCUGAUAUUGAUUAGGAUGUUGUAUUUCGUAUCCGCCAAUGUCACCAUAAUCGAUCUAGGGAUAUCUUCGAGCUUCUCACAGAAUGCCAGGAUUUCAAAGACAGAUAGAAUCCUUCUAACCAGAGUCUUCAUCGUCACCCGCUCCAAGAGACAAAAGCCUGCAGUCAUCUUCCUUACGGACUCAACAUCCCAGGCGUGAGCCUGGACUCCGAAAAGGUCCAACAUCAUUUGGACCUGCAGAUUGUGCGGUGCUGCCCAAUCUCGGAAGGACCACGGCUUCACCAAGAAGACAAACAAAGCCGGUAGGCCUUAAGCAAGACACCAAAAAUGAUAGGAUCCCAUGCAAAUGAGGGAUGAAAUCUUCUCAGGCAACCAACGAGGGACCCGGUGGUAGGGCACCCCUCCCCACCGCAGAAACUUGGACCACACCCAUACAAGCAAGCUCCUCGUACCUCAAAUGAUGACAUUCCUCAACCGGAACGAAGGCCAUGGAUCUCUCCGAUCGUCCGGGGAUGAACAGGUCCUCAUUCUUUUCUAACCUCUUUAGACCUUCUCUGCAACUCCUUGCUCUGUGCCCAAUGCUCCCACAAAGGUAGCAAGUGAUUGGGUCCCGGCAAUGGCGUUUGAAAUGUCCAACUACACCGCACCUGAAACAAGCUUCAGGUUUGAAAGAGGUGGCCUUACCAGUUCCAGGCAGUCGGAAGGGAUGGCUAUUAAAGGUGUUUUGCCGGGGGGGGAGAAGUCAACACCUGUCUCCUGGUUGCUCGGGUUAGGUGCAUCUUUAAAUAAAUCCCUCCAAGAUGCAUACUUCCUCGUUGGUUGGUGAGCAACAUUGAAGGAGUUAAGGUUUCCAGGGGAUUCAAUGUUGAGGCCUCUGUUGAUAGCACCAGAACCCCGAGCAUUAACUCGUUCGGCAACUCUUAUACCUAGCGGGAUUUCAUUAGCUCCCGAGAGAAUGGGAGGAUUCCAUGGUUCCUUUCUUCUUAUUUCAGCUGAUCUCUUCGUUGUCUUGAGGACCCGUCAAAGCCAGUCCAGCCACCUCUUCCCCUUCGACUUCCUCCGACUCUUCCCUUCCAUCGACCACCGGCUGGAAUCCACUCUCCCUCUUGCCAUCCGUCUCUUCCCAUUGUCCCGUGUUCCGAUCUCAGGAAUUUUCACCUGCUCUUUUGUCGGUGUAUGCCAACUAUAAGACUAGGAGAGACUAAGAAUCCAACUGACCUGGCGUUGAUAGUAAGAAAGGCCGGGAAGAGAGAGGAAAGGAUCAAGAGAGGGAGACCUGAUAUCAAGACAAUCAUGGGAGACUCUAAAUGAAGCUAGAAACUUUAGCUACUACUGCAACAAAUUAUAGAUCGCAGCGAAGGAAGCCCUUAAAAACUCGUCUACUAACGUCUCGACCCAACUAUAAAGCCGGAGAAGUCUCGGGGGCUUCAAAGGACUCUGGCGCCGUUGGAAGGCAAUGGCCGUGGAAACGGAGGCUGCCGCUGCCGCCGACCUCGCCCUCUCCGAUGCCAACAUCAAUUGGCACAGGUUGGACAAGACAAGGUUCCAUGUCAUUGGUGCUAUCCUCUUUACUGCUCAGUCCGGCUUGUUACAUCCUACAGCUGUUGUAAAGACUAGAAUGCAAGUUACUGGAGGUGGGCUCUUGCACUUGCAUGGCUUCUCUGUGUUUAAAACUAUACUAAGAAAUGAUGGAAUUCCUGGUGUUUUCAGAGGUUUCGGGACCUCUGCAGUUGGGUCAUUACCUGGUCGAGUUCUGGCUCUAACAUCGCUGGAGGUAUCAAAAGAUAUGAUGCUAAAAUCCACAGAAGGUUUCAAUAUCUCUGAGGCAACACGGCUUGCUAUGGCUAAUGGAGCGGCAGGCAUGCUGUCUAGCAUAGUUUCAUCUGCAUAUUAUGUGCCAUUAGACGUGAUCUGCCAGAGGCUAAUGGUCCAAGGUCUCCCUGGAAUGACAACAUACAAUGGCCCAUUUGAUGUCAUUGAAAAAAUGCUGAAGACAGAGGGGUUACAUGGCCUGUAUAGAGGCUUUGGGAUAACUUUAGUGACUCAAUCACCUGCAUCAGCACUUUGGUGGGGUGCCUAUGCUGUUGCUCAACAUGUUAUUUGGAGGAGCUUGGGCUAUGGAAAUGACGCAAAGGAAAAACCAUCUCCGCUGGAGUUAGUUACAGUUCAGGCAUCGGCGGGAACAAUAGCUGGUGCUUGUUCAUCAAUUAUUACAACUCCUAUAGAUACAAUCAAGACACGGCUUCAAGUCAUGGAUAACUAUGGUGUAGGAAGGCCAUCAGUCAUGAAGACAACAAAAUUGCUCCUUGAGGAAGAUGGUUGGAGAGGAUUCUAUAGAGGAUUUGGACCCCGGUCGUUGAACAUGUCCCUCUGGGGCACCUCAAUGAUUGUAACAUAUGAACUGAUAAAGCGACUCUCUGUAAAGCGCAUGGCAGAAUGACACUUUGUGAAGUGCAAGUAACUGCUAAAAUAGGUUGAGCUUAAGAGUUGAGAAGUCGGCAAUGGAAGCUGGAGAAGGUUUUGCUUCAGAGGACAAGACCCUGUUUUCGAAGAUAACUCUCGAGAUCUUGAGGUUGCCGCAACAUCGUUUCACUAAAUGGAGCAAUGCUCCCAGUAGAUGUUGAAGAACCAUUUACGCCCCAUUAUUUUCUCGGCUCUGUGAAUGCAGGAGAAUUGUUAUCUAAUAUUCUGUACCCCACUAGUGUAAAUAAACUUUUGGCCAGGGUGUUCAUUUCCAUGCUCAUUCAGGCUUGAAAAGCAGCCAUGGCUAGAACCAUAGCUGGAAGUAGUGGAAGUGACGUGCCAAUUGUAUUAAUGUUAGGUUGUGUGAGAGUCCAUUCGUUCCUUUCCCUUUCACUUGUCAACUCUGUACUUAAUAGACAUUCUUUACGUCCUGAAGUACAAACUGGCUUAUUUACUGCAAAUAACUUCAGAUGCAUAUAGGAUAAGCUUAUUUACUGCAAA